GGAACAAUUCGCUUUUGGUUUUCGAGAUGCACACAACAGGCGAAGAAAGUCGAUAUAUGCCUUUGCAAUUUUAAUUUUGCGUCGCAUGCAAUAAGCCUGAGGGUAUAUUGACAGGGUAUAUAGACAACGUGAGUCCGGUGAGCCCAAUAUACGGCCUUGAGGGACGGGCACAAUUUUUUUUGUGCGAAAGAUGGUCACCAGAUUUUGUCGGCACGCUGGUCAAUCUGGCAGCAGAUUCGCCCUGCAGGCGGCUCUGGAGAGGUUUAGGGAUGAGACUUCCUCACCCUGGUCGUCGCAUGCUCGAACUGGCUAGCCGCCCUGAAGCUACUCAGCAGAGGAGAGGCCGCCCAGAGAGCGGCCGGCCUCCCCGCGCGGCGCACCGGUGCAGUGGGAUGCUGAUGCGCGUCGUGUACAAGGCAUUCGGCUGGCUCCAGAGGUUCGGGAUGCAGGGCCAGCUGACGCCCCUGCCGGGGGUUACCGCGCUCUCUGACACGGUGACCCGCGUGCUGGGCUGCAACCCCAGUCCGAUGACGCUGCAGGGCACCAACACCUACCUGGUCGGCACCGGAAAACGCCGCGUUCUGGUGGACACGGGCAGCAGCGGCGUACCCGAGUACGUGGACCGGCUGGAGGGCGUGCUCCGAGAGGCCGACGUUCAGCUCCAAGAGAUCGUCAUCACCCACUGGCACUCGGACCACGUGGGCGGCCUGGCCGACCUGCGGCGGCGGCUCGGAGACAUUCCGGCGAGGAAGUUUCCGCGUCCGGAGGCGGCGGACGCGCCGGGCGUGGAGCCGCUGAAUGACGGGGAGGUGAUCACUACAGAGGGGGCCACUCUGAGAGUGGUUCACACGCCCGGUCACACCACUGACCACGUGGUGCUGCACAUGUCCGAGGGAAACGUCAUCUUCAGCGGCGACUGUAUCCUGGGCGAGACGACGGCCGUGUUCGAGGACCUGGCCGACUACAUGGCCUCGCUGGAACUGCUGCUGCAGCUGCGGCCCAGCGCCAUCUACCCGGGACACGGGCCCGUCGUACAGAACCCGAUCGAGAAGAUUCAGUUCUACAUGGACCACCGCAGGGAGCGAGAACAGCAGAUCCUGGCGGCGCUGAGGAACGCCGAGUCGGCCAGCUGUACAGUCACCGACAUAGUCACCGCAGUCUACACGGAUAUCCCGGUGUACAUGCGCCGGCCGGCCUCUGUGAACGUGGAGCACCACCUGUCCAAGCUGGUGAAGGAAGGCCUGGUGGCGGAGGAGCACGGCAGCUACUCCCUGCGCGAGCGGCACGGCCCGUCCGACCAGCAGCGGUAGGGACGGGUGGGCCGCCGCCGCACAGGGCGUGGAGGGAUGGGGGGCUGCGGCUGGUGUUUUAUAUGUGACUGGUGAGACUAAUGAAGGAGAACUUAUGAACCGAUGUUCGGGAUAAACGACAGGGUAGAUAUACCUACUCCUGAACAUGGUUGAUAGAUAACUAGACACGGUAGAUAACUCGAUCAAGAGUUGAGAGACUGGUUGUAUGCAUACUGCAAAGAUAUCUUAUAUAGCGAUCUAUAGAACAGGAAUUAGGAACCAUAUGGUUGCAUUUGCCGAAGCGCACUGCCGUCCAAAGGAAAAAAAGGGCAUCUCUGAAAAUUGAACUUUUCAGGAGAGCUAGAAAACCAUUUCAGUCAAGUUGUAGGUAAUAUCAGCCUUAAUGUUUAUUGACUUUGCCUCCAGCGACUGUAUCUGAAGUUCCAUGCAAGGGAAAAAAGCGGCAACUCGUCUCAGAUCGAGAUGCCGCUUUUUUCCCUUGAAAAGCUGCACUUUAUCCCAAAUAUUUACAAGGCAUUUCAGAUUGACAGGUACAAUGAAUGGCAGAAUGAAUGGCUUAAAUGCCUACAGGGCGAUUUAAAUAAUGCAAGAAAAGAGGAUGUGAGAUGUAUUUUAAUCGAACUUGUCGAUCAUAAUACAUCAACCCAACCCGA